ACAUGGAAACCCCUGGUAUUGAUCGUCAAAAACUCUUAGAGAGUUUCAACAAGUCAAAAAUAUUGGCGAGCAAGAUAUCUUUCAUUCAAGCUCCGAAACCUCUUCGUCAAGAUCAUUCGUUGGUCAUCGCUUACAAUAAACUGAGAAAUAAUGUGACAUCGGAAGAAAUUUGUCCGAUUCACAAAAAAAAGUUCAGGACUUAUCAAAAUAUGUUCAAUCAUUUGAGAUCAGAUCAUCCGGAUGUUUACGUUGGAAACGAAGCGGAACCCUCGCCGGUCUUGGAAUCGGACAAUUCACCGUUGAACAUUAUGGAUACCGGAAUACCUGUUAUUGAAGAAGACGAUAAUAUUGAAGAAGAUAAUUCUGAUGAUGAUGAUGCUCCACAAAUUUCCAUCAUUACAAUCUCAUCUGAUGAAGAAGAAGAUUCUCCUAUUGAUUAUAGUGCCCAUGAAAUUGAGGCCAGUUCAUUUUUUGACAAUCUACCGAACGUUUUGAAUGAAGACCAGCUGCUAUUAUUUGAUCGAUUUGCCAAAGAUCUUAUUCGUUGCGCUGCGAAUGGCACUAAAAUAUCGGAUAUCGCUUAUAUGACGGAGGCAAAUUGCCGUACUAAUCCUAAUCCCGAAGAUAAACAAAUGAACGAUGCUAAAAUACAAUUUGCGAGGUCGAUGUAUCUUCAACGAAAAUUUAUUAAGCGGGACAGUCGUUUCAUUGAACCAACCGAAAGAUGUGUAACAUCUAAAGAUGGGAUUGUAUUUAAAUACUAUUACAUCCCAAUAGGUAAGAUAUUGAUCAACUUCAUCGUUGAUCAAACCAUUAUCAACAAUGUCAACAACGAGAAGUUGGAAUCAGUCUCACCAUAUGUACGUGCGAGCGGAAUGGUCAAUACUCUGCGAUUGAUCAUAUAUGGUGAUGACUUUGGAUUCGCGAAUCCGAUCGGGGUUUCCAGGCGAAACCAAAAAAUGUUCUCGGUAUACCUCGACAUCGAUAAUCUGGCUCAUUAUCAUACGAAAGUCCAUGAUCUCCCACUCGUUUUAAUUGCGAAUCGGAUGGCGAUCAAAGAGUGCUCAAUGGAUUCGGUUCUGGCACCAUUAGUUGAGGAUUUAAAGUCACUUGAAACCAAGGGAUUGAAAAUCCCCAACAGCGAUAUAAUUCUUAAUGUCCGACUGGGUUAUAUCGUUGGUGAUAAUUUAGGGGUGGCCGAAUUACUUGGCUUCAAACAAACGUUUGGCCGGUAUUUCAUCUGCCGAUAUUGUUCGGCAACAGAUUCGGACUUGAAAUCUGGAUCCCUUCCUCCUAAAAGGGAGUUGAAUAUCCAUAAAUCGAUUUCAUAUUCCGAGGCAUCAAUCCAACCUGAUUUUGGAAUUUUGAAAACAGGUGCCUUUUCCGUUCUGAAGUGCAACAUGUUCGGUUUGGCACCACCGGACUUUUUCCACGAUGUGCCAGAGGGAAUAUUGACUUUGAUUUCCCCUUUAAUUCUCAGCCAAAUAACAACAAAUGGAACGAAAUUGAAAAAAGGGGAAUUGACAAACAAAAUCAGGAAGAUAAAGUGGGUCAAUUACCCGGUCGGUAUUGAAACAAAUUUCAACAUUCUUGGCAAGGCGAUCCAGGUACGUUCAUUGAUGAUACAAAAGUUUUUAUUCUAAUCAAUUGCAGAAAUUCGAGUUUUUUUAUCGUCUUGUUGAGAUGUUCCCGAUAAUGAUGAUUAGCCAGCAAGAUAUUGCGGUCACAUAUCGGAAUGUCCGGCGGAUGAUCUUUCAUUUCUGCUCGCAG